AUGAGACGAACCUACAAGACAUCUGUUCCUAUAACCUAUUACAUUAUCUUCUUGUGUCUUACAUAUGAAAAUGUUUUUGCACAAAGUACAGCGUCAUUAUCAUCUCAGACUUCAGCUGAUCCGACAAGCUCAGUAAAAGAAAUCGCUACUGAUCUUACUUCAGUAGUUAGCGAUUCAACGAGAGAAUCAACUACAAUCACUGCUUCGAUCAUACCAGCAGACACAACGGCAGGAUUAUCUACAAUCACUGCGUCGAUCAUACCAGCAGAUACAACUAUGAACAAUGAUAAUAAUACCACUACGACAGCGGCAGAUGCCAAACCUCGUUGUGCUCCUGGCGAAUAUCCGUUUACUAGCAUUUGUAUCAGUCCACUUGUUAAUGGUUCUGUUUUGAUUGCUGCGUUAGCAUUGAGCGCACUAUCGUUUAUUGGUAUAAUUAUAGUUGGGUCGUGUUUGCUAUGUUGUCGAAAGGAUUCACAGGAUAGAAAACGGCAUGUCAUCGCAAGUAUCAAUAUUUCUGACAGAGCAGCACGGAGAAAGUCUACUCAGACAGACACUGAACGUUCAUCAACAUAUUCGAGUGAACGACCUCCACGCCCUCACAUGUCGAAAGCGCCUGUUCAUGAAGCGAUUCCGCUGAGAACUAUAGCAACGACAACGACACACGGUGAUUCUAAUCGAGUACAUGCCAAUGUACUAGACAGACAACCGAGCAUGAAAAUGGCAAACGUUAAACAGCAUCAUCGACCCGGACCGAAACCGGACAAGAACCGCGGAAAGACGGGUCCUCCUGAUGUCCAAACUGAUCAUUUUUAA